UGAUCUGAAAGGCUUGUGUUAAGCUGUGUCUCUCUAAGUACUCAGAGAGACACAGUUGUGCAACAACGGCAGUUUUAUGCAAUAGCCUUGCUAACUAAUAAGGUUGUAUCGACUCGGAGAGCUAAGCCAUAGUUGCGCCCACAUUGGUCAACUUUGGCGCCUUGGCUUCUUUCCACAACGGUUCGGGGAAGAGGCUUCCUCCAUGUCUCCCAGUACACAGGCGUGACCGCACAGUAAAAACAGUACGUUAACAAAGUCUCUCCGGUCACUACAUCAAUACAAGAUGGUUCCGUAGAGAUCUGUCGUCAUACAAUAACCGAUAACGGUGGAGAAAAUAUCACUGAGUCAAAUACGAACGAAAGGACGAGGAUGGCCCCCGAGGGCCAGUCAGUGGUGCAUUCCACUCGAGCCUGGCUGCAGUCCUCCUGGCACAUACAGGUGCCGUUUGCCUGGCUGGAAGCCUGCGUCGAGUGGCUGCAGGAUGAAGCAGGAGGAGCAGGUCGUCUAUCACAGCAACAAGUCAACCAGCAGGUGCUGGACCAGUGGUUGUUGACAGACCUCAGGGACCUAAGCUACCCUGUUCUCCCUGAAGGACUCUCUCAGGCCCAGAAGACUGAACUCAGAGGGACCUUCUGUGUUCAGGUUGACUCAUUACUGGACAUCAGUCAGCCUGCGUACAGUCAGAUGCAGAAAUGGAGGGGCUCGGAUUGUGCCAACGACGAGGUGUCUGCUGUCACACAGUUCACCCAGAGGCCCUGGGAAGCCCGGCCAUCCCGGAUGCUUCUAUUGCAGGUGACCGAUGGAGUCCAGAGCCUGGAGGCCAUGGAGUAUCGGCCUGUCCCUGCACUCAGCACCGCUCUGAGGCCUGGCGUGAAGCUGCAGUUGCAAGGGCAGAUGGUCUGCAGGCUCGGGAUGCUUCUUUUGGGGCCGCCCAACAUCAAGGUUCUGGGUGGGGAAGUGGAGGAUCUGGUGGAGAGGAAUAACCAGGGUAAAGUGCUGUGUCGGACACUGGGACUCCCUGAGGAGCAGCAAGAGAGGGGAGAGGCGCAACCAGCGGCAUUACAAGGAAACCAGGAAGUGGAGGACCUGGGGAUUGAUGAUGAUGAGUUGUUGGCCAGUUUGGCUGCUCAGGAGGAGGUGCAGAGGGUUCAGGUGGGGUUUGUCCCAGACAGCGGCUACGGGACGCUUAGUGAGACCUCCACUCAGCCCUCGAGAAGCUGCUCUAUCCGGAGCUUUGUCUCAACAGAUUCAUCCAGAAAUGAAGCUUCUGCCGACUCUUACACAAGCGGUUCGGCCCAAAGUAACCAAGGUGGUUCAGUCCGAGGCCAGAACCCCGCCAGUGAACAAGAGGAUCCUGACCUCUCCAUUCGACGGCAGGUCUUCGAUCAUGACAUGCCAUUGGAAGACUUUCCCGACGAAGACUUUGACAAUCUUCCCCUGGAUGAGUUGGACAGUGUGAUCUUCCAGCAAAGCAACAAUGUCGCCACGCAAUCUGCCAGCAGUCACAGAAUCACGCCGCAGAGCAGCGACAGAAUAACAGGGAAUCCUAACGGGGCAACAGAAGCCAACGCUGCUCAGUUUGAGCGGCGCUCUUUGAAUGUCUCCGGGUCCCGGCUCGUUUCCAGCAACUCCAGAUCCACCACACAAAAACCAGAUCACCAACGCUGUAUUAAAGAAGCCGCAGAGCAGGUGUCGUCCCCAGCACCGGCUUUACAGCCACCACACGGGUCAGGCGUUGUUACUAUUGACGAGAGUGAUUUCAUGGAUGACGAAAUGGACUGCCUUCUUGCGGAGGUCGAGACCGGGUGGGCUGCUGGUUCGAAUCAGCUUUCUGUUCAACAAGGGCCAAGUAGAGACCGUGAGAGCUUUCCCCACAAAACAGACACUUCAUGUUCCAGCCACACACUUACCGGCAACUCGUCAAGAAGCGCAACGGAAAGCUUUCCAUUUGAGAGCUCGCGCAACUCCCCUCGGGGGCAAAAUCGUAAUCCAGACGGCGCAGAAUCUGUUCAAAUGGGCCGGCAGAGCGACAGCUCGGUCCCUGCUCUCACUCUGACAUCUCCACCUUUCACAUAUUUGUGCCUGCUGGAGGAGAUGACGUCCAAACCACAACCUCACACCCGGGAGAUCCGAGUUAAAGCUUUCAUCGUGACUCUCGUGGGGAAACUGAGCGGCAACAAUGGCCUUUGGCGCAUCCGCGCCACAAUAUCCGAUGGAACGGGUUACCUGGACGUGGAGCUGUCCGACGGGGUUUUGACGGGCCUGCUCGGCUUCUCGGUGGCGGGGAAGGCGUCUCUGAAGCGUGACCCGGCCCGCAGGGGCGAGCUGGACGGCGGGAUGAGGAGGUGUCAGGAAGAGCUGGUGGACAUGUGCUGUGUUAUGACCAUCGCGUUUGAACCAGACGGCGGGAGAGCUGUGGUGACCCGGGCGGAACCCGUCAGUGAGAAAGUGUUCCAGGAGCUCCAGCAGAGGCUGAAAGAUGACAGAAAAUAGCCAGAGGAGUCGUUGAGGGGAAGUGGGCGAUAAUUAGAAAAUUACAGGCAGGAGGAGUAAGUUGUCUUUAAGCAGAGAUGGAAAAUUACAACCGUUUUUUUUUUUUUUCUUUCUUUUUUUUUUAGGAUUGGCCGUCAAUCUGCCCUUCUGCUUUAUAUUUGGAGGGAAGAAUGUGUAAACUGGAUGUCUAAUGAUCAGCAGGCAGUGUGUUGCAAUGCAUCCCAUCUGCUAUAUGUGAAUGUGACAUUCUGUCAUUAGUCAUUAGAGCAUUUCAUUCAUCAUUUCAUUCAUAUUCAUAGAGCUAUUUUCUGCUUGAUAUGCGCAGCAUCCCUCUAGCAAAGUAAACACAUCUAUAAUAUCUACACUUUCAGUCGUCAACAUAGGAGUUCAAACUUUUAAUGUUCCACUGUUGUACAUUAAAAACAAUGUGAGGAGUGGAGCCUGAGAGAAGGGAACCGGGUAGAAAAUAAUUCAUGCCAUGAUUGUUGUAAUGAAUUGCCAGCCUUUGCAUUCAUUUGGUACAUCCAUUACUUCUGACUGAAAAAUGAUUUAACAUCCAAGGGCAGCUCGGGUCUUUAAUAAACUGCCCCAGAGGAGAUGAGAGGAAAGGGGGAUAAAGGAGAAGCCAUGAUUUCAGAUUAUUUUUGUUCAUUAUAGCUCCUCAUCUGUUUUGGUCUUUAAUGCGAUGCCUUGCCUGUAUUUACUACGUAUUGAAAUAAAAGAGUUCUGAUGCUUUUACUAUUUUUACUCCAGCAUAUAACUAAUAAAACAUGCUUGAAAUAACA